AUGCCAUCACUUCGUGUGGGGAAUCGCCUAAGGACUUACAAGCCAGGGCUCGAUCGAGUUGAAGCUUGGCCGGUCGAGUUGAGGAACUCGACCGGUUGGUCGAGUAGACGGUCGAGCUGGUCUUCAAGAUGGCUUCUCCCUUCUUCCUUUGCGUAUCCAGGAUCUCUCAAGAAAGUGGCCUUGCUUUGGGAGAAGGCUUUAGAUGCGGUGGAGAAGAUGCUCGAGGCCCGGUUGUGGGAGAGUAAGGCCGCCAGGGACUUGGUCGAGGAUGACGAAGUUGAAGCUAAUGACUAUGCUCCGCCUUUAAGGUUAGAUCUCCGUUUUCAUCUUGCUGAAUUUUGCUUUGACAGCUGA